AUGAAGAGGAAAGUAGUGCAUGCCACCUCUGUAGACGAAACAUCUUCCGAUGAGGAUGAAACAAGAACAACACCUUCAUCACAAAAAAAGAAAAAGAUUGAAGAUGAUGAACUCUCUUCCUCUGAUGAGAAGGAAUCAACACCAAGUAAAAAACGUCAUAGUACAGCUCCUGCUUUUGGCAAUGCUCUUAACGCUAUAUUGGACGACCAUCUCAUUCUAGACAAAUAUCGCUCUUCCAACAAGUCUGUUGGUAUUAAGUUUAAAGCAUUGUUGAGGAGUUUGGCUCAUAUGGAAAUUGUUGAAAAAUAUUUUAUUUUCAACAAUUUACAUGAUAUUACAUACCAAAACCUUAGAGAGGAAGAUUGCAUCGCUUUAUUAAGCCUGGGAUUUACAGAAAUUAAUAAUAAUGAGAUUCAAGAACUAAUGAAGUACCUUAAAUCUAAUCCAAAGCCCCCAAAUUUGACAUCCAAGUACAAACAUUUCGAAUUUGAAAAUGAAACGACACGAUAUCAUUGGCAACUAAGUUUUCAAACUUGGGUUACAUUUUGGCAUGAUAUGAUCGAAUGCUUUUCAACUGAAAACACUGCUAAUAUCGUUCCCUCUAAUGUCAAUGACACAGCUGAUGAAAUAGACAGCCAAUCAAACAUGUAUGUCAAAGUUAUUAAUGUUGUAAGGAAAAAAAUUAGACAUUUACCUGGAAAGAAUAUUGGAAGAACAGAAAUAUCCAGCAUUUAUUCUCACCUCUGUAACACCAUAGGCCAUUUGGAUGAGGCUAACAUUCAAAAACUUGAAGGCAUACAUCUCAUUAACGAAAAAUCACUCUAUGCUAAUUUCUUUUUCCACUUUAUGCAAAACGAAUCAGAGAAAAGAGCGGCAUUUAGCGAAAUUUUGAAAAAUGUACCAAAAAGAAAGCUAGCAAAGAAAGACAAGGCCAUGUCUUUUACUAUACCAAUCACUACAAAGACAACAUUUGGUGAGAUACCUUUUCACAUACUUGAAAUUAAUGCUGCAAUCGUAUUUUUCAACAAAUAUGUUAAACCCUAUGGUAAUUCUCUUACAAAGACCUUGAGAGGUCCCUCCAUCCAUUCUAUUCAACCUGUAACAUAUGAGAUAGCUACUGAACAACCAACCACUACAACGACAACUACAGUCAGUAAUGUUUCAACAUCAAACGAAAGUCUAAACAGUACAAUCGUCGAUCAGAAAAGUGCAACAACAACCUCCACUGAGCAGAAACCAACAGUACCAACAACUACAGAGACCAAAAUGGAUGCACUCAUGAUUGGAAAGACAUCAAGCUCACAAACUUCUUCGAUCCAGUCUGAAUCUUCACAAAGUACAAACCAGGCAGCAGUCUCAUCACCUCCCCAAAUAUCUGCGUCCGUGGCCUCAACAACGACCUCAAACGUCUCAGAUGUUGACACCACGAAUUGUGUGUCGAUUUUUUAUCGAUGGUGGUCGGCAGAAGUGAAACUAUUUAAACCUGGCUCACAUCAAUCCACACUCCAGCUCCCAAGAAUGCUGCAAUAUUUCAAUCAGCAUCUACAAAAAGCAAUGGGUUUAACAUCACCACUAACAGAAUCAGAAGAACGUUGGCAACUCAUUCUCAAAGCUAUUGAAAAAGGAAAUAUUCCAAGAUUAAGAAUGUUCGACGAGCAAAAGAAGAUGGUCAAGAUUCUGGAUCAAGAGUAA